AUGUCAAAUUUUAAAGAAAGUUUAAUUCAAUUAGCUGAUAAAGCCAAUGAAUUAUCACCAAAAGAUAUUUUACCAGUAUUAUUAAAGAAUAAUUCCAAUAAUGUCGUUAGUAAUUUAGCUAUUAUUAUAGCUGAAAUGUUAAUUCCAGGAAGUCAAAAAUUACCUCCUACAUUUUUCCAUGGUGGUAAUUCCCUUCCUGAAUCAACAGCUAAGGGAUAUCAAUUAAGAGUGGUGUUAGAAUCCAUUGAUAAAAAAUUUAAUAUUAGUUGGUAUAUUGUUUUCACUAAAGUUCAAGAAGAAUAUCUUUUUGAAUCUAGUCAACGGAAUAUUGUUCCUGAUAUGUUAAAUAUUAAUCAAUUUUUAUCAGCUAUUGAUUUUAAAAAUGGAUUAUUAGAUAUUUUCCUUAAUUAUGAUUGGUAUUUUAGUAAAAAAUUGGUAUUAGAUUUCCAUAAAUUAGAACCAAAAGAUGGAGCUUAUGAUUUAAAUUCAUCUAAUAAUUUAACUAGAUGUUUUGAUGAAGUUGAAACUACUAUUGAAACUCAACUAGGUAAAAGAAAUAUUAUUUCAUUUAUUAAUAUUGGUAAAUUGGAAUUGCACGUGAUGAAUCACGUGAUGGCCCAUAAUUCAAGAGAUCAAUUAUCUUCUGAAUUAAGUAAAAUUUUCGAUCAUCAUUGUCAUACAUUCCCGGAAUAUUUACUUUCAGCAUGUUUAGCUACUGCUGAUAAAAACCCUUUCAUUUUAAAUAUCAUUGAUUCAUUAUUUUCCCUUCUUAUUGAUCAUAAUAGUAAAUUUUUAAAUCAAGUGAUGAUGAAAUUUAAAGAAUUAGAUAAUCAAUUAGCUUUAGAAAAACUUGUGGAUUAUUAUAUCGUUAGAAAUUCCACCGAAUCGUUAUUAAAAGUUUUCAACAUAGCUAUGGAAUUGAAUUUUAUUCCUGAACUUGUUAAUAAAGCUUGGGAUAAGAAUUUUAAACUCGGAUUAAUGUUUACUAUCAACAGUAGUUGUUUCGGAUAUGAUAUCAAGGGACAAAUCGAUACUAUGUUCAAUGAUCCUAAUCAAAAACCUAUGUUACUUCAAUCAGUAGUUGAAAUUUUAGAAUUAAGAUGUAAUGAAGAUCAACAACAAACUUCAAAUCCUUCCAUUGAUAACUAUAAAAGUUUACCUUUACCAACAGUUUAUUACUUAUUAUCAAUUUUGGGUAAGAACAAUGGAAUCAUUGAUAAUGAAAAGUUUAAGAAUUUACAAUUACAAUUAUUAACUUGUUACCCCAGAUUGAUUAAUUUUGGUACCGGACAUGAUGAAGCUAUUUUAGAAAAUGCUAAGAAUCAUUCAGGAUUCCCUGAAGAUAUCGAAUUAGAAAUGAAGGAAUAUUACUCCCAAUUAUAUAACAAGAAGUUAGAUAGUAACACCAUUGUUGAUAUGUUAGUACGUCUUAAAGGUAGUGAUGUUCCAAGAGAUCAAGAUGUUUUGGCAUGUAUGAUUCAUUCAUUAUUGGAUGAAUAUAGAUUUUUCUCUGAAUAUCCCAUUGAUGCUUUAGCUUCAACUUCCUUAUUAUUUGGUGCUUUAUUACAAAAGGAUAUCAUUCAAGGUACUACCCUUACCGUGGCCUUGAACUUUAUUUGGGAAUCAUGUAAUCUGCCACCAGAUUCUCAUCUUUUCAAAUUUGCUGCUCAAGCCUUAUAUAACUUCAAAUCAAGAUUACAUGAAUAUCCAAAUUAUUGUAAGAGAUUAUUGGAUUGUAAAUCAUUAUCAACUCAUCCUUUGAUGUAUAAGAUUGUACAAGAUGCUUCUAAUGGUAUUCCAUGUGUUGAUAGUAAGAAAGAUACUUCAUCAGGCGAAAAGAUGAAUAGAAGAAUUGAAGAUUCAGGAUUGAAAUAUCAAUCACUUUUCCCUACUAAUCAAACCAUUGGUUUAAUCACUCAAGAAAAACCUAAUGAAUCUGUUAGUGAUAAAUUAUUAUUCUUUGUUAACAAUUUAACUGAAGAUAAUUUGAAUGGUAAAUUAGGUGAAAUCAAAGAUUUACUUAGUGAAAAUUUCUUCCUUUGGUUUGCUGAUUAUUUGGUUGGUGAUAGAGCUAAGAUUGAACCAAAUUAUCAUAAAUUAUAUUGUGAUUUGGUCAAUAAACUUGAUAAUGCUAUUCUUCAUGAAUACAUUUUAAACGUGUCAUUGAGUGAAGUUUCUAAUUUGAUCCGAAACUUUAAAGAUACUUUCAAUGAGAGAAAUCAUCUUAAGAAUUUGGGUAGUUGGUUAGGUCAAAUAACCUUAGCUUCUGAUAGACCAUUGAAAAGAAAUCAAAUUGGUCUUAAAUUCUUAUUGGUUGAAUCUUUUGAUUUCAAAACCUUAAACAUUAUCAUUCCUUUUGUAUGUAAAAUCUUAGAUCAAGCUCAAUAUUCUAAGAUCUUUAGACCUCCAAAUCCUUGGGUUAUGGGAGUGUUUAAAGUAUUGGUGGAAUUAUAUGAAUGUGGUGAUUUGAAAUUGAAUCUGAAGUUUGAAAUUGAAGUAUUAUUGAACUCUUUCAAUAUGAAAGUUAGUGAAAUUACUCCUUCAAGUUUGAUUAGAUCUCAUAAUCCAAACCCUCAAGCUUUAGCUGCAUUAUUUGGUAUUCAACCAAAUGGUAAUAAUCUUACCAGUGAAUUUUCCAAAAUGACUGAUAAUUUCGUUCCUCAAUUCCAAUCUCAUCCACCAAUUCCUCAAAUGGUUCAAAAUGGCAAUAGAUUACCUGAAGAAUUGGCCAAUCAAGGUCUUAAUCAUCAAGCUAUUGGUCAAGGUCUUGGACAAGCACAAGGCCAAGCUAUUGGUCAUCAACCUAUCGGUCAAGGACAAGGUGUAGGUCCUAAUCAAACACCUAAUCAAGGUCCACCUCAAUUAGAUACUUCUUUCAGUACUUUGAUUGGUAACACUAUCUUCACCCAAAAUCCUAACUUAAGAAGAGCUUUCCAAGCUUCAUUAUCAAGAGCUGUUAGAGAAUGUGCUAUUCCAAUUUUGAAUAGAACCACCGAAUCAGUUCUUACUACUACUGAAGCUUUGAUCAAGAAAGAUUUCGCUCGUGAAGGUGAUAUCAAUAAAUUCAGAAAGAGUUAUCAAACCUUGGCUUUGAAGUUAUCUCAAAGUAUGAUUGCUUGUAAUGGUAGAAAGAUUUUGAGUGAAACCGUGGAAAAUACCAUGUUACAAUUAUUAUCCCACCAAAUCAAUUUGAAUGACUUACCAUUAGGAGAGUUGAAUUCAGCUAUUCAAAGUAACGUUGACCUUUGUGUUGAUAUUGUUAAUAGGUUAGCUGCUGGUCAUAUUAUUGAAUCUGUUGAUGAUCGUAUGAGAUCAGGUAUCAUAGCUCGUGAACAACUGCACCAAAAGGGCGAGCAAUUCGUUGAUAAUACUGCUGGACUCGUCAAUUUACCUUUACCUUUAGGUAUUAAAGCUGAAGGUCUUGCAGCCAAUCAAUUAUCUAUAUAUGAAAAUUUCGGUGUUAAUAUUAUUAGAGAAUCUGUUCCAUUACAAUCUCAACCACCACAACCCCAACCACCACAACCCCAACCACCUCAACCUCAACCCCCACAACAACAACAACAACAACCUCCUAUGGGAAUGGUUCAAUCAAUACCACCAAAUUUACCUCACGGGCCAAUGAUUCAAGAAGAAAUCAUGCCUGCAGAACAAUUAUUUAUGGUUAUUAGUCAACAUUGUGAUCGUUUGGUUGCUAGUUCAUUAGAAGUUAAACAAUCUUCAUUAUCAGAAUUAACUCCUGAUCAUCCUUUGAUGCAAAGUAUCGGUACUAUUUUAAGUUUAGCUCAAAGUAAUGCACUUAAGUUCCCUGAACUUUUACUUAAAGUAGCCCAAUACGCUGUGAACUGUUUGUUUACUCAAAAUAACGAUAAGAAGAUUUGUACUGAAAUCUUUGUUUUCUUAUUAGAUAAGUUAUGUGAAUUAUCCCCAUCAACAGCUAAAGAUGUUAUUUGGUGGUUGGUUCAUUCAACUGAUCAAAGAAAAUUCAAUGUUCCUGUUAUGUACUCCUUAUUGAAAGUCCAAUUGAUCCAACCAAUCAAAUUGGAUAUUUCCUUAAGUAAGUUCAUUAGAGAAACUUCAAAUCCUUUGUUAGUGAAAUUUGCUGGUAGUUUAUUGAUCAAGAUCUUUAAAUCCGAUGCUUCUGAACCUGAAGCUGUUGCUACACGUAGUGAAUUUGCUAUGACUUUAGAUUGUUUGGCCAGAUAUGAUGGCGAGGAUGGUCCUGAAGUUAAACAAGCAAAGGAAACCAGAGAUCAAUUAUUUGAAAUGUUGAAACUUGAAGAAGAUGGUCAAUUUGAUGAUAUGUUCUCUCAAUUGGGAUAUAUCUUUACUGAAUGGGUGAAAUUAAUCAGCCAUGGAGGUGAUAUUGAACAUCUUAAAAGAGACUUUAUCCUCAAUUUACAAACCAAUGGAAUUUUAACUGAUCCGGAAUUGUUUGGAUUGUUCUUUAAAGCUGCUAUUGAAAUUUCUAUAGCUUCUUACCCUACAGAACAAGAAAUCAAAGCCAGAACUUUACAUGAAACUACCUUAACAGUUGAUGCUUUAGGAUUAUUGAUUGUUAAGAUCUUGGUGAUGUUUGAAGAUGAUGAAGUUGUUGAUACUAUCAAAUAUUUGAAGAAUAUCAUGGGGGUUAUUUUAGUUGCUUUAACCAACGAUCAUGAAUCUCCCGCCAAUUGGAAUGAAAGAGCUUAUUUCAGAUUCUUCUCUUCCUUAUUAAGCUAUUGGAAUGAUGAACUGAUCUUAGUUAAUGAUGCUACCAAACAUUUAGAUGGUGAAUUCUUCAAUUUCAUUGGUGAUGUGUUUAAUUCCUUACAACCAAUCAUUUUACCUGGUUUUACAUUUGCAUGGAUUUCCCUUAUUAGUCAUAGAAUGUUCUUACCUAAAGUUUUAGCUUCAAAUAAUCAUAAUACCGUGAUCAAGUUAUUAUCGGCUUUAUUAAGAUUCCAAGCGGUUUAUUCUAAAGAUGAAGAAACCAAUGAUGAUUUAAUCAAUGCUUUCUUCAAAGCUAUCUACAGAAUCUUUGUAGGUAUUUAUCAUGAUUAUCCUGAAUUCCUUGCUGAAAAUUACAUCCAAUUAUUAGCUAUCAUCCCAAUGAAUUACCUCCAAUUAAGGAACAUUGUGUUAAGUGCUACACCUAAAGAUAUCAUUUUAGAAAGUCCUUUCACUCCAGGAUUGAAAGUCGAACGUAUAGAAUCCAUUAAAUCUUUACCUACAGUUAAUUAUCCUGCAAAUGAAGAGUUAUCUACUAAAGGAUUAAAGAAACCCAUUGAUAACUAUUUAAGAAUCCCAGCUUCAGGUCUCAUAAAGACCAUUUACAAUGGUUUAAAGAUCCCAGCUAAAUCUGUUGAUUUCUUCGGUUUCGAUACCAUCAAUUAUAAUCUCGAACUCAUCAAUGGUUUAGUGUUAUAUGUAACCAACAGUAAGAUCACAGAAAUGAAUGGGAAUUAUAGUUUCAACGCUAAAGAUUCUCACGUAUCCAUCUUCUACGAUUUGCUCAACUUCGGUUCGACUGAAUUCAAAUACCAUUUAAUCAGUUCAUUAGCCAAUCAAUUGAGAUAUCCUAAUGUUCAUACUCAUUGGACUUUAGGAAUUUUCCUCCAGUUCAUCAACUUGAAAACUUCAUGGUCCAACAAUGAAACCAAAUCAACCAUUCAAGAAAUCAUUGCUAGAACUUUAAUCGAAAGACAUAUCGUUCAAAGACCUCAUCAAUGGGGGUUGACUAUUCUUUUCACAGAAUUGAUCAAAAAUGCCAAUUAUAAUUUCUUCCUGUUACCAUUCGUUAAGAAUGCUCCACCGGAAGUCAAGUUACUUUUAGAUUCAUUAUCCACAAGUAGUUAG